AUGAUAGAUAAACCUAGCGUUAUACGUAAACGAAUACGUUCGGAAUACAAAUUUGCAAACUCAUUUACACCUUUUUUACUAGAGCAGCAACCACAUAAUCUGGAACAGCGGCUAUCUUCCCAAUUACCUAAAAUUCCCCUACAAUUAGGACAAAGCAUUCUUGAAUUCAUUGAUAGCUUUCCUCUAGCAAUAACAACACCGCCGCCACCGCCACCACCACCACCACCAAUAGAAACCUGUCAACUGGGAAUAGAUUUCGGCAAAAAUAUACUAGUAAAACCUAAAUCCUCGGCCCGCAAAAAAUCUAAAUUGAAACAACAGCCACAUUUCACAUUUCUAUCUCGCCAUCGUCGUCCGCCCCACCAAAAGAAUGAUAAUAAUAAUGACAAUGACCAGGACGAGGACGAGGAUGAAGAUGAUAAUAAUUAUCAAAUUGGAAGUUCAUCUUCUAUACCAAGUGAUGUAGAAGAAGUUCAAUUGGUGUAUAAUAAAUCAAACACUCCAAAAUAUCUUGGUCAAUUCAUUAAUGUAUAUCUGGAUAAUCGAUUAAAACGUCAAUGUAAAUCAUGUCCUGCCAUGUAUACGGAUUUAAAAGGAUUUAAUCGACAUUAUGAAAGUAAACAUUUAUAA